AAGAAAAACUUUUGAAUUUGCUUGGUUCUUGCAGAAAUUUUAUAUUACCAAUUUAUAUUUAUCAUUUUUUGUUUGAUUCUUGCUAGAACAUAAGUUAUUCACGAUGUGACGCUACUGAUAGAAAAUGAUUUGACAUCAUAUAAUCGAGAUUUUUUUAAAAAUAAUCUUAUUUGAUUUUUAUAGGAAACUUAACUAUUUAUCAUGAAGAUGGAAAAUUAAAGAGGACAUCUUUUUUCAAACGAGGUAUCAAUGUUACAUUUAAAAUGGCAUCCCUAAAUAUCAAUCACAAGCGCUAUUGUUCUGUAAGUGAAUCCAAAUUGAUUUCAUCGAUCAAGCGAUGCAUCGUAGGAGCGAAGAGAGCAACAGAAGUCACAACUAGCACCGCCCCUGCCAUCAACCCUGUCCCCUCCGGAUAACGUUCACAAAGCCGGUCGACCAUCAGUCCCGUCUUGUUUUCUCCUUUCUUUUUCUUCCUCCUCGUUUCUCUCACCUUCCUGAGUCGCCACCGUACGCAGGUGGGGAUUCGCACACCCUGACCCACAAGUAGACCCUGAUCUCUACACAGUCAGUGCUCGUUGAACAAGCCGAGGCGAUGUGGGUCCGCACGCCGCAACAUUGUGAACGUCGUUGAACUCUCUCGGUGGUGAGGAGAGGCAGUUUGUCGCGCACGUGAUCGGGAUCGCGCGGACGAGACAGUGCGCCAAUCUUGGAGACAAGAUUUCCUUUCUUCUUUCUCUUCCUCUCUCCUUUACUUUCUUCACUGUUUCUCCCGCUCGAAGAAACAAACGGAGACGGCCAGAGAGAGGUUGAAGAUGAUAUUGAGAGCCGCCCCUGGGGGCAUCGUCCUUCUGCUCGCGUUCGUCGGAUCGGUUGGCGGGCAGGAUGACGAUUCCUUAGCUAGUACCUUCUUGUCAGGUUUCUUAAACUCUUUAACGAGCACGGCAAAGAUCGCCGAUUGUCCGGGAGUAUGCGUGCACGCGCUAGCGACGUUAAUGUGCGACGACGUUCUCGAAGAUGUGCAGUGUCCCGCGGCGAGUAUGCGGUGCUGUUUGCAGGACCCGAUAAAUGGUACCGGCUCGUCCGAGAACACGAUCGAUGAUGAGGAGCCAACCUCGACCGUGUCUACGACGAUCGUCAAGACCACAACGAUUUCUACAACACCCGCGACUACUACAACCACAAUGCUCAGCACGUCGACUUCCUUCACUUCGGCAAAAACUACACCGGAAAGCUACAACGAGACGAGCGACAAGUCAUCAAUGAAAGCUUGCUCGGGUAUUUGUAUGGCCGAGAGAAUCGCCGAUUAUUGCGACGCUGUGCUGGUGAUAGACACCCUUUGCAAGCCGGGCUACAAGUGCUGCGUCUCCAGAGACGCCUUCGGGGACUCUCCGCCGCCUGAGCUCCUGGUGAUCGACCGACUGAAUUCUUCCCGUUAUGAUGAGAAGAAUAGCGGCGGUGCUUCUAGCAAAGUUUCGUCUUCGUCUUCGUCGACGACGACGCGACCGAAUACGUCAUUAUCAACAAAUGUCUUCGCGACCACUGCAAUUCCAACGACAAUGACAAUGACGCCAACAUCAACAGCGAUAACGGCUGUUACCAGACAGCCAUCAACGGUGGCGACGACGACCAGGCCGAAGCCAGUGCCGUUUAAGCCAUGUAAAGGAAAGUGCACAAGUGGACUGCUUGCCCUCUUGUGCGAGAACAUUGACGGAGACGCGGACUGUCCCCCUGACGAUUCCGUAUUGACUGUUUGUUGCAUCAAUGAACCGCUGCCGCAAAAAGUGGAAACAACUACGACGAUUCGGCCCUCCACGAAAGCUCCUCAACCGAAGUUACCACCGUGUCCUGGUUUUUGCCUCUUAACUCUUAUGGCAGCUUUCUGCGAGCGACCGAAUGUGAUUAUAGCUAAAACAUCGACCUGUCAAUCAGGCUCCAUCUGUUGCGAUAAUACAAAGAGUCCGCCGCAGACGCCAAGACCAAGGCCGAGACCUACUCCGCGACCGCUGACAACAGUAUCAUUACCACCGGACCCACGUCCGGACUGUCCCGGUUCCUGCAUCGUAUCUUAUUUGUCAUUCACCUGUUUCAGAAAUGCCGAGUUAACGAGCUUGUUCAAGUGUAAGAAACAGGGACAUCAGUGCUGUGCACCAAAAUCUUUGAUAAGAGAAUUUCAUGGUGGAAAUUCUACAGAGCCAGUUCUGACUAACAGAAAUGAUACAUUACAUGUUACUUCACGACCUUACACUACUCCGUUCACCCCAUUAUAUGAGACAACGAUGGUUACCACCACCACCACCACUACCAGGAGUCCGGUGUACAGUAAGUACGUUUGUGGUGUAAAGGGAACUUCACGCGGCCCAAUUCAAGCACGAAGUUCCGAGAGAGUCGCACGUGUGGUAGGUGGUGAGGAGGCAGACGCCAACGAAUGGUGUUGGCAGGUCGCCUUAAUAAACUCUCUCAAUCAGUACCUGUGCGGAGGUGCGCUGAUAGGGACGCAGUGGGUACUUACUGCGGCGCAUUGUGUCACGAAUAUCGUGAGGUCCGGCGACACGAUUUACGUGAGAGUGGGCGAUCACGAUCUCACUCGUAAAUAUGGAAGCCCCGCCGCUCAAACCUUGCGCGUCGCGACAACGUACAUUCACCACAAUCAUAACAGUCAGACACUCGAUAAUGACAUCGCUAUGCUGAAGCUUCACGGUCAGGCAGAACUAAAGGAAGGAGUGUGCCUGGUGUGCUUGCCGGCACGGGGUGUCAGUCACACAGCUGGCAAGAGGUGUACAGUUACUGGUUAUGGAUACAUGGGAGAAGCCGGUCCUAUACCUCUUCGAGUACGCGAAGCGGAGAUACCGAUUGUCAGCGAUGCCGAAUGCAUAAGAAAAGUAAAUGCUGUGACUGAGAAGAUCUUCAUUCUACCAGCCAGCAGUUUCUGCGCCGGCGGCGAACAAGGAAAUGACGCGUGUCAGGGUGAUGGUGGAGGUCCUCUGGUAUGUCAAGACGAUGGCUUCUACGAAUUAGCUGGACUGGUGUCUUGGGGAUUUGGUUGCGGUCGCCAAAAUGUGCCGGGUGUAUAUGUAAAAGUUUCUUCGUAUAUCGGCUGGAUAAAUCAGAUCAUAUCAGUGAAUAAUCUCUAGCUUAUCUCUUACGACGAUUGAAUACGUCUAUUCUACAUACAUUUAUUUAUUGACGGGACGUUGUAGUACCUUUACGCGCUUGAUGAUAUAUAGUGCACUCUAUGCCACAUAUGCGUUAGGAAUAAGAAGCAAGAAAACAUAGACACAUACAGAGAUAAGCUCGGAAUUGGCUACGUAUACGUAUUAAUAACAUUACACAUAUACACUUGUUAACAUAAGGUAUCUUUUAUUUUUUAAAAACUCUAAUAAAGUUUUUAAAAUUUUAUUUUUAAAAACUAUUAUAGUUUUUAAAAAAUAAAAUAAAUAAGUGGGCCUUAUUUAAUUCACAUACCAUAUAUGUUUUAUAUACAUAUUUCAACUGCGAAAGAGAAAUUGGGUAAUUUUCUCUUCUACGAAAUAAUAAUAUGUGUAUAAAAACGCGUUAAUAUGAAAUUAUAUUUUGUUUUGUAUUUAUUUAUUUAUUAUUUUAUUUAUUAUAUUUUUUUAUAUUUAAUAUCUCUCAUGACUUUCUCGCAGAAAAUAAAUAAUUUAAUAAUUUGGUAAAAAAUAAGGAUAAGGAGGAUAUUUUAUCUGUUUUUUUCUAUUAGUUUUCACUUAACAAUGUAUUUGGUAUGCUGGGUUUAUCUUUUUAUGUCUAUGCAAAAAAGCAAUCGUGUCAAAGACAUGAAACCGGUGCCAAAAUAAUUUUUUGUAAAAUUUAUUUAAAUAAUUAUUGACGACAUAGAUGCACGCAUUAAUUACAUAUACUUUUUUAAUAGGUAAUAAUUUUAUUCUUCUUCAAAAUUACAAAUUAUCUUGUCGCGUUUUACAAUUUUUAAAAAUAUACGAAGUUAAUUUGAGAGAUUCUGACACAUUUUUCUUUUUCCACACUUUUAUAAAAUAUGUCGCCAAGUGCGUGUAUACUGUUUUUAGAUGACAAAGAUGUUUUUAUAUGACAAUUUUUAAAUAGGUGAGUUGAUAAUUGUUGAUUAAUUAAUGGAUGUGUGUAUUAUUUAUUUAAGAAUGUUAAGGAUGUCUUGGCUAUACAAUACUUGUUAAAAGUUACCUAAAUUUAAAAGCUGCGUCUCUCUCUUCUCAGGUUUAUUUAUUUUGUUUUUAAUCAAUAAUAAAUUUUGAUGAAUACUUAAAUGUUGGUUUUGAAAUCAGCUGUAAUGAACAAAAUGCAUAUUUGGUAUACAAUGGCAGCGUAAAUGACCACAUUUUGCUACAGUUUUAGACAAAUAACUUAACCAAGUAAGUGGAUUCAAAUGAACUUUUGCAUGAAUAUUUAUUAGAGUUGUAUCAGUAAAAAGUUCAAUUCGUAAUGUUACUUCAUCAAAUUUGCAAAUAACUAUUACAAACGUAAUUUUACAUAAGAAUCAAGAGCAAACAAAAAAUUAAAUAACCUUUAAACUAAUAAAAGAAUUGUUUUUACACAUACAAAUGUAAGAACAAUCAGAAAUUUUUAUAUUUUGGAUAAUUUCGGCUCUAAUACGCAGAUUAGAGCCAACUUUAUGUUCUUUAUUAUUUCCCCAAACAGAUAAUGUUAAUUUUUAUCUUUAUUUUAUCACCAUAAAAAUUCUUCGAAAAGCAUAUUUUAUUAUAAGUAGGACAAUAUUAUAAGUAAUAAGUUACGUGUGCAAAAGUAUUAGUAUUUAAUUUUAUUUACUCGUAAAAUUGGCUUUAUGUUUCUCGUUUCAAAUUUUCAUAUUCUAUCCCUAUCUUGGGAUGUCUUAAAUAUGAUUUUCCUGUGCUUUGUAUAUUAUUGCGUCGCUCGUAAGUUAUCUGCUAUAUAUGUAUUUAAGAUCUUUGUUAUCGAAUCCAGUCGCUAGUAGAUUGUCCAUUUCGAUAUCAAACUUAGUAAUUAAGUGUAUUAAAUAUGUACACUUUGUAAGCCGUCGCAGGCGAAAAUUUCUAUUGUCUAGUAAAUUCUGUCCUUAUAUGAGGAAAUUCAUAAUAAAGAUUAAAAUGAUUGUAUAGAGAUAUAGUGUA